AAAUUAAAAAAAAACUAUAAGCAAUCCUUGAGCUGCAAGCGCGCCGAAAAACAAAAUAGAAAAAAAUAUUUCAAAAGGCUUGAUUUAUAAAAGAUAAUUUUUAUUUAUUCAAAAGCUUCAUUAAAAUGAAGUCGAGUGAAGAUUCUCCUAAAACUCCCGGUGGAAUUAGCAAAACCCUAUUGACACCUUGUAGGCGCUUAGGUUUAUCCAGGAAAUUUAAUAGAAAAGGACCAUCGCCCUUUAUUUCGCCACUAUCCAGAAGUCAGAAUAGCCCGGAAAUUACAAAAGAGUGUAAAAAGAGAAAGAUAUGUAUCAUCAGCGAGGAAUCACCUUGUUCACCUCAAUCCCCUGAAAAAACAGUAUUAGUACCUGAAAGGAUUGCAUGUAUUUCUUCACCCACUCACAUUAGUGAUACACCAUCACGAAAUAUCCCUCCUAAGAAAAAUACAAAAGUACUUUUAAUGAUGCAAAAUGUAGAUGCAAAUAACAAAGAUGACAUAACAAAAAAUACAGAAAUUGUGCGUAAAUCACCUCAAAAUAAUAAUAAAACCCUCUCUAAAUUGUCUAGAGUGGAUUCAAAAAAAAAUAUAAAAACUGUUCAACAACUUGAAACUGAAAUUUCUAAAGUAGAUAGUACUCAAGCCAAUGAACUUAAGGUUAAAGAACCUAACAACUUAAAUAAGGAAUGUAUUGUUCUUAUACAAAAGAAAAUGUUAAAAUCGCUUAAAACACACAAACAAGAUGACAAUAAUUCAGACAAAAACAAAAUGAUAAAUACAUCCGUUUCACAAUCAUUAUUUGAUUCAGAUUCUGAUGAUUUGCCUCUUUGUGAUUUAAAUAAAAAGCAAGGUAAUGAUUUUGUCAAUACAUUGUUGGUGAAAAAGAAGACUAACCGUAACUCUAUUCCCAAUAUAAACGAAAAAAAAAAUGGUAAACCAAUGAUAGAAAAAAAAACUUUACAAAAAUCAUUUGAUAAUGAUGAUGAUGACUUUGAAUUUACUAAAAAAACCAUUUUAGUCAGAAAAACUUAUGAGAAAGUGGUCAAACCCUCCAGAGCCAAGUCCACAGGAUCAAUAACUCAAAAAGACAUUGAUGAAUUAAAACAAAGAAUUGAGACAAAAAAAAAACUCUUAAUUGCCAAAGCAAUGACUGAGGAUACUGAAGAACUUAGGAAUUUAAUUAAAAAGUGGCAAAAAGGCUGUCAAGAGGCACUCUUUCAACUUUUUGAUCUUAUGAAAAAGAAGUUCCCAGAUAGUCAGAAUAUGGAUUAUUCCGAAAUAUUAAAAACUUUAAAUAUACCUCCGGAACUAGUUGGUUAUGAUAUAGAAAACGACUGCUUUACUACUCCAGAUGAUAAUAGUAUUAUUUUAUCCAGUAUAAACAUUUAAGUUGAAUUCUAAAUAAAUUUACCAUAUAUACCUAAUAUGCAAAAACAAAUUCAAAAAUAUUUUCUUCAAGUAAG